AUGGUCUACACGAUCGUCGUCCACAUGCGCGCCAAACCCGACCAAGAGUCCAUCAGCAAGCUGCACGCGAAGCUCCUCGAGGCUUCCGCCAUCUACUCCAAGGACAAGGAGACUCUGUCCUGGUUCGUGAUGCAGUCUGUUCACGAUCCCCAGGAUUUCACGAUCGUCGAGCGCUAUGAGAAGGAGUCAUCGCAGGAGUACCAUCUCAAUAACCCUUACUGGAAGACUUUUGAUCCUUAUGUCAUUCCCUUGCUUGAAAAAGAUAUGGAUCUUAGGAGGUUUGAGGAGCUUGUCCCCACCUCCAACUAA